AUGAGUCAAACUGAAACAGUUGUUGGGGUUUAUGUCUGGGUCAGACCUUGGUUUAUUUUUCAACUGUAUAUUUUCAAGAGGAGGAGGAGGAAAAGUCUUGAUUCAUCAACCCCUGUUGAUCAAGUUCCUGCUGAUAUGCUGUGGUCUAUCUUCAAUAGGCUCGAUGUCAUUGAUAUUAUUCGAGCGAAACUUGUUUGUUCCUCUUGGAACUCUCUUGGAGAAGACCUUGUCCCAAGGACGCCCUGGCUUAUGCUUCCUUCAAAAGAAGAAGUAGAAGGAAGAUAUGAUGCUGAUAACAAUGCCUACAGUGGCUUCUUGAAACUUGGGGAGAGUCAGGUUUGUAGCCCGAAAAAGAUACCAAAGGAAUUCAGGCAAGUGAAAAUCCGACUUCCUUCAUUAUAUGCUACGCUCGGUUUACAAAGAGUGGAAAGAAAGGCGGAUGGUGUAUCUGACAUCGCAUAUUUUGAUGAUUCUGAGGAUUAUUUUAGGCUAAUAACUUGUCAACAUAAAAAGCAACACCUACGAGAAUAUUUCAUACAGAAAGCAAUCUUGACAGGAGAACCCAAUUGCAACAAUAAAAAGUGUGGUGUGAUCCUGUUGUGCAAUCAUGAAAAGAUUGGAUAUCAUGAAAGUGAAGACAGAUGCUGGACUGAAGGACCUGACGCUAGGCAUCCGCCCUACCAAGAUAUCAUACGCCAUGAAAAUCAUCUCUUAGCAUUGGGAAAUGGGAAUAAUAUUGAAAUAUGGAAUUUUCAAGGCGGUUUUAUGAGGAAAAUUAGAUAUAUUGUUCCUCCUUUCCCAGGGAAGUCACUCACCAAAAGAAACUCCUUGGGAGAUCUUUGUACUAGCAGGUUAUACUUGGUCGAAUCAUGUGGGGAUAUCCUGUUAGUUGUGAGGUUUAUUGGCGAGUUUGUGGAAUCGGAUGGGACACUGAUUAGUGAAGAAGAUGCUUUAUAUGGUAUCGGCAUACAGCCUAAGGUUUGUCCCUAG